UAACAAGUUAACGACACAUAUAUAUACACACUGUAAUCGUUCUUCUAUUUGCUGCUGUUGCGACGUUCAACAAACAUUUCAAAUACAUUUCAUCAUUUAACACAAUUUUCUGACCAAUAGUUUGACAUUCGAGAUUCCGAUAGGGAUAGUGUCACAGAAAAUACAUUCUGGGAGCAUAUAUUGUUUAAGUAUUUAAAAAUAAUGCUAAUUUGCUAAUUCACAAAUUCUUAUUCGUGAAUUUAUAUUCUGAAGGCUUAAUCAUAAUAAUAAUAACUCCAGCGUAAAAUUACUUGUAUCCAUUUAAAACAAAGAACGAAGACUCGUACUCAGAAUGGAUCAAAUAAAGGGUUUUUUGAGACAAGCUGGAGAACAAAUUCUAAAUGAAGCUGUGAACGCUGCUGGUGAAUAUAUCGGAAAUGCCAUUCAGGAAUGUCUCGUUGUGAAAAAACAAACUGAGCAUCCGAGAAUUUUGCCUAGUUUGGAGCACAUUAAAUUUUUAGAUGAAAGACCAAGAGAUGGAGAUUUUCAAGAUUUCAAUACUUUGCGAAAUUAUUGUUUGGAAAAUGAAAUGCUUUUUGAAGAUCCAGAAUUUGAACCUACUGACUCAUCUCUGCAAAUUUCACGACGAAUGAACCGUCAUAUUGAAUGGUUAAGACCACAUGAAAUUUGUGACGAUCCUCAAUUUUUUGUUGAAGGAUAUUCAAGAUUUGAUGUACAACAAGGGGAACUUGGGGACUGCUGGUUUUUAGCGGCAACGUCAAACCUGACGGCAGAUCCAAAAAUGUUUUUUCAAGUUAUUCCGGAUGAUCAGAAUUUUGAAGAAAAUUACGCUGGAAUUUUUCACUUCAGAUUUUGGCAAUAUGGUAAAUGGAUUGAUGUGGUUAUUGAUGACCGACUACCGACAUAUCACGGAGAGCUGCUAUAUAUGCAUUCAACCGAGCAGAAUGAGUUUUGGAGCGCGUUGCUAGAGAAAGCCUAUGCAAAAUUAUACGGUUCAUACGAAUCAUUAAAGGGAGGUACAACAUGCGAGGCUAUGGAAGAUUUCACUGGUGGCGUAACUGAAAUAUAUGACUUAAGUGAAGCGCCACCGAAUUUAUUUAAUAUUUUGUUGAAAGGCUACGAACGAAACUCAAUGAUGGCUUGCUCAAUUGAACCUGAUCAAGCGGUGUUGGAAGCAGAAACUCGAGAAGGCUUGAUAAAAGGGCACGCGUAUUCAAUUACUAAAGUUGAGCCAAUAGAGAUUGAAACUCCAAACACUUCUGGAAAAAUUCAAAUGUUGCGAAUAAGAAAUCCUUGGGGAAAUGAUGCAGAAUGGAACGGACCUUGGAGUGAUUCAUCACCUGAGUGGCGAUAUAUUCCGGACCAUGAGAAAGAGAGAAUCGGUUUGACUUUUGAUCAUGACGGUGAAUUUUAUAUGAGCUUCCAAGAUUUUAUGAAAUACUUUGAUCGGGUUGAAAUUUGCAAUUUGAGUCCUGACUCACUAACCGAAGAGCAGAUAAGCGGUACGAAAUUGCGUUGGGAAAUGUCAGUUUUUGAAGGUGAAUGGAUUCAAGGCGCAACUGCCGGUGGUUGUCGUAACUAUUUAGAGACGUUUUGGCAAAACCCACAGUAUACUGUAACACUUGAAAAACCAGAUGAAAAUGACGAUGAUGGAAUGUGUACGUUGAUUGUUGCAUUGAUGCAGAAAAAUCGGCGUUCGAGACGAAAUAUGGGCUCAGACUGUUUAACAAUUGGAUUUGCGAUUUAUCGCGUGACCGAACGUGAUCUUAUGAACACGCCACUGAAAAUGAAUUUUUUCAGAUAUAAUUCUUCGGUUGCUCGAAGUCCGGCCUUUAUAAACUUGCGUGAGGUCAGUUGCCGUUUUAAAUUGUCUCCGGGUCACUAUUUGAUUGUACCAUCCACAUUUGAACCAAAUGAGGAAGGAGAAUUUUUAAUAAGAGUUUUUUCUGAACAUAAGAAUUUUAUGGAAAAUAUAUAA